UAUUGUCUUAAAAAUUUUCUUCUCCGCGAAAAUUUGUUUUUUUAUAAUAAAAAAGUGCAUUAAAUUAAUUAAAAAGUGUGAAAAAGGGUCUUCUUACAUAAACUAAGCGGUGUGGUGUGCUCUUCCUAAAUCACCAAGAUGAGUUACAUGCCAGCGCAAAACCGUACAAUGUCGCAUAACAAUCAAUACAAUCCUCCGGACCUGCCACCCAUGGUCUCGGCCAAGGAGCAAACGUUAAUGUGGCAGCAGAAUUCGUAUCUGGGCGAUUCUGGUAUUCAUUCCGGUGCGGUCACACAAGUACCAUCGUUGUCGGGCAAAGAGGAUGAACAAAUGGAGGACGACCCACUUAUGUUCGAUUUGGAUACUGGCUUUCCACAGAACUUCACCCAAGAGCAGGUGGACGAUAUGAAUCAACAGUUGAGUCAGACACGUUCACAGCGUGUACGUGCCGCCAUGUUCCCCGAGACUUUGGAGGAGGGCAUCGAAAUACCAUCGACUCAGUUCGAUCCCCAACAGCCCACUGCAGUGCAGCGCUUGUCGGAACCAUCACAAAUGUUGAAACAUGCCGUAGUAAAUCUUAUCAACUAUCAAGAUGAUGCCGAGUUGGCCACACGUGCCAUACCCGAAUUGAUUAAGUUGUUGAAUGAUGAAGAUCAAGUGGUUGUCUCACAGGCCGCCAUGAUGGUCCAUCAAUUGUCGAAGAAAGAGGCUUCUCGCCAUGCCAUCAUGAAUAGUCCACAAAUGGUUGCCGCUUUAGUGCGUGCUAUUUCCAACAGCAAUGACUUGGAGAGCACCAAAGCUGCCGUGGGCACGCUACACAAUUUGUCACAUCAUCGUCAGGGCCUGCUGGCUAUCUUCAAGAGUGGUGGCAUACCGGCUUUGGUGAAAUUGCUGUCAUCACCUGUUGAGAGUGUGCUCUUCUACGCCAUUACUACACUACAUAAUUUGUUGUUGCAUCAGGAUGGAUCGAAAAUGGCCGUACGCCUGGCUGGUGGCCUGCAGAAGAUGGUCACUUUGUUGCAGCGCAAUAAUGUGAAAUUCUUAGCCAUCGUUACGGAUUGCUUGCAAAUUUUGGCCUAUGGCAAUCAGGAGAGCAAAUUGAUCAUACUGGCUUCGGGCGGUCCCAAUGAACUGGUACGAAUUAUGCGCUCGUACGACUAUGAGAAGUUACUCUGGACUACUUCACGUGUGUUGAAGGUACUCUCCGUAUGCUCGAGCAAUAAGCCAGCCAUUGUUGAUGCUGGUGGCAUGCAGGCUUUGGCUAUGCAUUUAGCCAAUCCAUCACCACGUUUAGUGCAAAACUGUUUGUGGACAUUGCGGAAUCUAUCCGAUGCCGCCACCAAGGUAGAUGGUCUCGAACCACUACUGCAAUCCUUGGUGCAGGUAUUAGCCUCGACGGACGUGAAUGUUGUCACUUGUGCCGCUGGCAUACUUUCGAAUUUAACUUGCAAUAACCAACGCAACAAAGCUAUCGUUUGUCAAGUUGGUGGUGUCGAUGCCCUGGUACGCACCAUUAUAAAUGCCGGUGACCGCGAAGAGAUCACCGAGCCGGCUGUGUGCGCAUUGCGUCACUUGACUUCACGUCAUGUGGACUCGGAGUCGGCACAGAACGCCGUACGUCUCAACUAUGGACUGUCAGUGAUUGUAAAGCUUUUGCAUCCACCAUCACGUUGGCCGCUAAUCAAGGCCGUCAUCGGUUUGAUACGCAACUUGGCCUUGUGCUCGGCCAACCAUGCACCACUGCGCGAACAUGGCGCCAUACACAAUUUGGUGCGCCUCUUAAUGCGCGCAUUCCAGGAUACUGAACGCCAACGUUCAUCUGUUGCCACUACCGGAUCCCAGCAGCCAUCCGCUUAUGCCGACGGCGUACGUAUGGAGGAGAUCGUCGAAGGCACCGUCGGUGCUCUACACAUAUUAGCACGUGAAUCGCACAAUCGCGCUUUGAUACGGCAACAAUCUGUCAUACCGAUAUUUGUGCGUCUACUUUUCAACGAAAUCGAAAAUAUACAGCGCGUUGCCGCCGGCGUACUUUGUGAGUUGGCCGCCGAUAAAGAGGGCGCCGAAAUGAUCGAGCAAGAAGGCGCUACUGGUCCGCUUACUGACCUCUUGCACUCGCGUAACGAAGGUGUUGCCACCUAUGCAGCAGCCGUGCUAUUCCGCAUGAGCGAGGAUAAGCCACAAGAUUACAAAAAGCGUCUUUCUAUUGAAUUGACCAAUUCAUUGUUGCGCGAAGACAACAAUAUGUGGGGAAAUGCUGAUUUAGGCAUGGGUCCGGAUCUACAGGAUAUGCUUGGACCCGAACAAGCAUAUGAAGGUUUAUAUGGGCAGGGCCCGCCGAGUGUGCACAGCUCACAUGGAGGUCGAGCAUUCCAACAAGGAUAUGAUACUUUACCAAUAGAUUCAAUGCAAGGCUUGGAAAUAAGCAGCCCAGUUGGUGGUGGCGGCGGCGGUGGUAACAGUGUGCCACCAAGUGGUGCACCAACUUCACCAUAUUCGAUGGAUAUGGAUGUAGGAGAGAUCGAUGCUGGGGCCUUGAAUUUUGAUUUGGAUGCAAUGCCGACUCCACCAAAUGACAACAACAACUUGGCCGCUUGGUAUGACACCGAUUGUUAAUAAGCUAAUAUUAUGAAAACAAAACAAAAUCAAACAUUUUAAAGUCGACUCUACCGUUCUUAUUAUGAGUUCGUUCGUAUUCUUUAUUUACGAUAGUAUUAAGUUUCUGCUUCCAUUCGAGGAUUAAGCUUAUGAAUUACUCCUUUUACAUUAAUACCAUACAUACAUACACUAUUUACAUUUUAUAAUUACAUAUUGAUUUUUAUUAAAACACACAUUUUUUCGGCAUCUAAAACGAAGCAAGCAUUUUUAUUUUCUGCAACGCAAUGUCGCCAAAUUAGCAAAAAAAGCGUUUAUACUCUUAAGAAAUAAGAACAAAAAAUACGUACACACAAACAUAUAAACGCAUAUAGAAGAUUCAAAUAUUUAAAGGGCUCAUUCAAGUGCAUCGAAUCUUAAGUCUUAAAACAUAUAAUUACAUACAUUAAAAACCGAUUAAAAAUUUGAAAUUUGAAAGUUAAAAAAAUAAAUGACAUAAGAAAAGUAAACAACACAUCGCUGUAAUGCAAAAUAUCUAUGAAAGAAAAUCAGCCACAAGUUGAAAAAGGAGUAUUAUCAAGAAUUUUUGUAGAAGGAAUAAAUUAAAAAUUACUUAAAUGUACAAGCAUAUCCGCAGAUAAGAUACUUACAUACAUACUUACUGAACUUACAAAAUUACACAUUUACAUAUGUAUGUGUUAUUUUUUUCAUGCAAACAAAAAAUUCUUAUCUGUAACAAGUGCAAGCGUAAGCGCGAUUUGAAUAAAUAUGUGAAUGUUUUCACAUUUUAUGGAAUUAAA